AUGGAGUACAACGCCACGAAUAAAUCCCUGAAAGUUGGGAGGGUUAGUACAUAUUUACUGGAAAUGGUUCAAAUAUUAGAGCGCAAUGUUUUGGGGGUGGUGGUAUUAAAGGAGACUAUCGUCAGGCGGGAUAGACUGGGUGCGGAUAUAGGUGCAAAUGAGUUUGAAGAAGUGAUCUUCUGCGGUUGA